AUGUCUGGGGAAAAGGAAACUAAACUAGGACCGGUCCUAUUAGAAGGUCCCCAUAAACCUUUUAUGCCUGCAGACGCCUUUGCAAGAAGUCACGUGGGAUCGUUGAAAUCUUCUAUAGAUAUACCAAUUAUUAUUGCUUUAUCCAUUGUCACGUAUUUAUUUUCAUUCAAAAGACAAUAUUUGCCAAUAUCUUUGGCUCAAUUCGGGAAUUCUAUCGUACCUGAAGUCAAAACCGUGGAGCAAAUUGAAUUGGAACAAGCUUUAGAAGCAUAUGUUUCAAAUACUUUUUAUUUGGGUCCUGUGACUCCGCUGGCAGUGAGGCUUGUAUCUCACUGUUAUUGUAAAGUUACUUUUGCUCUGGGUUCUAUGAUUUUUUUGUAUUUAACCAUGAGAAGAGUUAGCAAUAAUUGGAAAUUCAUAUUUCCUUCCUUAUUGACAAUUUCCAUUAUUACUAUCUCUGAUCCUUUCCAAAAGGUUAUUUCUUCUAAUGGGAAUCCUGUCGACUUAAUUUUAUUGUUCUUCAUUUCUAUGGCAUUAUAUACCCGUUUCUCUCUUCGUGUAUCUGCACCUUUGUCUGCCUCAUGGAUUGGUAACCUAGUUUUACUUGGAACUUCUGUUGGCUUAACUACAGCAACUAAAUUAGGUGGAUCUUCUAUUUGGAUAUGGUCGAUUGUAGUCUUAGUGUUUGACUACUUUGUUAUUCAAAUCAAUGAUAUCCAUUUGAAUACUUUUAAAUUGAUUAAAAUUGCAGUUAUUGAAUUUUCCACAGUGACAGUUAUUCCUAUAAUAGUUUUCAUAUUGCCAUUUUUCAAUAUGAUUACUACCCAAUGGGUUAAUGAUAAUCCAAGUCAAUCCAAUUUCAUGUCAAACGAUAUUAAAACUUUAAUCCGUUCAAAUGGAAGUAUGAUUCAACCAGAAGCAAUCUAUUAUGGCGCCAUUAUUCAACUUCGUCAUAAGGAUUCAUUAGGUGGUUAUUUAGCUUCAAUGGAUAAUGUUUCUUAUCCAACAGAUCUUGAAGAACAAUUUGUUGGACUGGUUAAUGAUGAUUCUGAUCCAUUGACACGUUGGGUUGUCGAACAUGAAAAUCCUAAAUUUAAUAAGCACUUAUCUACAAAUACUUUUACACCAGUAAGAGAUUUUUCAAAUAUUAAAUUGCGUCAUGUCGUUUCUGGGAAGUUAUUACGUUCAUCUUUGGCUAAGCCACCAAUUAGUGAAGAAGAUUAUACUAAGCAAGUCUCUUGUACAAGAAAUUCUUCCUAUGAUGGUGAAGGAGAUGAAACUUGGACCAUAAUUACAGAUGACCAAAUAGUCAAUUCAGAGAUUGUUCCAGGGAAGAGCAUAGUUAGUUUUAAUAACUUGGGCCAAGAUUGUAGUUUAAUAUCUCACGAUAUUAAAAUUGAUACUGAUUGGGCCAAAAAAUGGCAAGAAACUUUAUGCCUUUCUAGUCCAAAUGAAGUUAGAACAAAAUUUUAUAUCACCGUUGUAGGUGACAAUUUAUUCAAUACUGAUCGUCAAAUUCCAACAGUGACAAAAGUAUUAAAAUUUAAUAAAUUAAAGAUUAUGGUUGAAUGGUUAUUAAAAAGUUUCAAAUAUAAUUGGUACAUUAAAAACCAAGAUAAAGAUACAAAUUCAUUAAAUAUUAUUCAAAUGAUAUUCUACGUUAGUCCAGAUAGCACAUUUACAACAGUUAUUUGGAUUACUUCAUUUUUAAGUAUCUUUGUAUGGGGUUUCCAAUUAUUUAUGAAAAUUUGUAGACUUUUUGCUCAUCAUUUUAAACAAGAAGAUUCAAAUUCUGAUUUGGAAAAAAAAUACUAUAAUUCUAACUUUAAUUUGAAAAAUAUUAUGUUUGACCAAGUCUCAUUUGAAUUGGUAGUAGCUUGGUUUAUCAAUUAUUAUCUCCUAUCAAAAAUUCCUCAUGAAAAUAUCUACAUUAAUCAAUAUUUACCAUGUUUUAUCUUCAAUUUAUUAUUAUCAAUAAUAAUAAUGUUUUUCAAAUUAAUUUAA